AUGCGCUCGUUUGGCACUCGGCCGCGGUGUGCUGUUGUGUCGCUCGUUACCCCGCUCAAGGGCUCCCCAAUUCGUCGGCCUGUGCAUGCGCACGUGAGUGCUCAUUACGACAAGGGCUUACGUCACGCACGCGGUUCAAUCCGUGAUCAUUGCCUGGAUUCGUUCGUAACGCAGGACGACAUGUCUGCCCCACUAGUGCGCUUGGUCGCAGCGCGCGCUGAGCGCCAGAGUGCGCUGACACUGCGCAUAGGUGGGAUGUGGACCAUUUACGCACAACAGCGCAUGACUUCUGCAGCUCAUCGCAUCCCGCGCGGAGGAGGUAUGCCGGCGACGCCAGCGUCUCGCGGUGUAUCGACGUCUGCCGUGCGCCACUCCUCGUCUAAGGACAAGGAUGUUACCGCAACAACGUCAUCCUCAUCAGACAAUCCGAAGCAGUCGAUGCCUGUGCGUGCAUGGAACAAGGUGAAGGAAGAAGUGCUGCACUAUUGGCACGGAACGAAGCUGCUUGGCAAGGAGAUUUCCAUUUCAACACGCCUUUUGCGGCGCAUGAUCAUGGGAUACACACUGACGCGCCGUGAACACCGUCAGCUGCGACGGACCAUGGGAGAUUUGCUUCGUCUUAUCCCAUUUAUUCCGUUUAUUCUCAUUCCUGCAGCCGAGCUGCUGCUUCCUGUGGCGCUGCGGAUCUUUCCGAAUAUGCUGCCUAGCACUUUCGAGAGCAAGUUUGCUAUGGAGGAAAAACGCCGGCGUCUUCUGAAACUGCGUAUUGAAAUGGCCAAGUUUCUGCAAGAGUCAAUCAAGGCAGGUGGUCUACAAGUGAGCGACUCGGUCAUGGAUUCGGACGUGUUCAAGGAGUUCUACCACAAAGUGCGCAUCGGCAUGCAUCCGACGCCCGAAGAUGUCAUCAAGGUUGCGAAGCUUUUUGACGACGAUCUCACGCUCGACAACCUGUCGCGUCCGCAGCUCGUCUCGAUUUGCCGCUACAUGCAAAUGACCGCUUUUGGCACCGACAACUACCUUCGUUUUCAGGUGCGCCAUGCGCUCACACGCAUCAGGCAAGAUGACGUCGUCAUCAGCGACGAGGGCACGGACUCCAUGUCGUACCAGGAGCUGCUCUCUGCAUGCCAGAGCCGUGGCGUAUGGACGCACAACCGCACGCGUGAGCAGCUGAAGGAAGGCCUGGACGUGUGGAUCAAUUUGCACAUCCGCGAAAAAAUCAGUGGCACGCUCCUGAUCCUGAGCCGUGCUUUCUACUUCGUUGGCGAGCCUGAGGAUGCAAGCACGACGUACAAGGAUAUGCAGAUCAAGGGCCUGGAACUGACGAUGAGCUCACUGCCCGACAAACUGCUCAAUGAGGCCGAACUCCACUUCAGCAAAGAGGCAGCGACAAACAAGCAGCGUCUGGAUGUGCUGCAGGAACAGGAAGAGUUGAUUGAAGACGAGGCUGAACAGGAGGAGGAAGUGCAAGCCGCGCGCAACGCAGAGAAGUCACGCAAGGAUGCAGAGACGGUCGAGGCUUCGAAAAUCAUCCCGAAUGCAUCUUCAAAGCAGAACAUCGACGAUGCACGCAUGACGGAGGAACAACUGUGCGAGCUGGGAGAAGCCCUUUCAAUCCUCAGUGCCAAGUCGUCUGUUCUGCGGGAGCGCCGCGAACUGUCCGAGCUGAUGAAGGAUCUACCGCCUGACGAGACAGUCGAGGUGUCGGAACCGGACGGCACGUCGUCUUCGCCAAAAGCCAAGAGCCUGUACCGCCGCAUCCGCUCGAUGCUCAAGCGCAUCGACCAGCAAUUGGAGGAGUUUGACAAAGAUGUCGGCGGACGUAUGCAUCUGAUCGAAGCGAGUUCAACUGGCAAGAUCAGUGUAGAUGAUCUCGAGCAAGCACUGCGCCUGAUCAAGCACCGUCCUGACGAGGAGGUCAUGCACAAGCUUGUCGACAAGCUCGAUGUAGAUCAUGAUGGCCUUGUGCCGCUGAAUGAUGUACUCGAGCUCGCUGGGAAAGACAGUGCGUUGGCAAACGAUGGCCAGGUGGGUGACAUCAAGAAGGAAAGCCAGAAGCUGCGCUCGAAGAACCACAAAAAAGAGACAUUGUAG